AUGUCGGGGAACGCGGUCCCGGAGGGGGCGAUGUCGACGUUUCCCCCCCUGCCGCCGCCGAGGCGGACGGAGAGGUGGAAGCUUGAGGCCCUGCGCAAUGAUGCUGAUCCCUGCCUCUCCGCCUGCAGCCAGGCUAAUGAGCGCUGCUCUGCAGCACUGCAGCCCCCUGUCUCUCUGCAAGGCUGUGUGUUUCCCCUGAACCCACCAAGCGUGGGGCCGAGGGGAGAGCGGGCUCCGUGGCUGAGGGCUCCUGUGUGCUCUUGCAGGUCCUCAGACGCUGGGCCCAUGGACGACCGGCUGCCCUGCAAGGCCAAGGUGGCGAUCUCAGAUCUGCGCAUCCCGCUGAUGUGGAAAGACACGGAAUAUUUCAAGAACAAAGGAGAGCUGCACCGCUGUGCUGUGUUCUGCCUGCUGCAGCUGGGAGGAGAGAUCUUCGACACAGACAUGGUGAUGGUGGACAGGACGCUCACCGACAUCUGCUUCGACAACACCAUCGUUUUCACUGACGCCAGCCCCGGGUUCCAGCUGCGCGUGGAGCUGUACAGCUGCUGCACGGAGGAGGACUUCUCUGUGGGCAGCGCGCCCCGGAAACUCGCCAGCAAGCUGAGCAGCUCGCUGGGGCGCUCCUCGGGGAAGAAGGUCCGAGCCGCGCUGGAGCCGGGGGGCGGCAGCCCUGUCAGCAACGGGGGCAGCAGCCCCAUGCUGCUGCCUUCGCCCACGGUCCCGGGUCCGAAGUAUCACCUACUGGCGCACACCGCUCUGACGCUGGAACACGUGCAGGACAGCUUUCGCACCCACGACCUCUCCAUCUCCGGCAACGUCGAAUGUGCUUGUUUUCAGCGAGGUGUGUGUAAAUUCUAGUAGCUCUCUUUAACUGCUCUUCCUGCGUCUCUUUCUCUUCCCCGUCCUCUCUGUCUCCUUCCCUGUGUCCCACAGCAGCUCGGGGGUGAUCACCCGAGCUGGACAAAGAUCUACGGUGUCCUGAGAGGGACAAACCUCUCCUGUUACCACCGGCAGGAGGAUGUGGAGGCCAAGGUGGAGCCAGCCUUCACUAUUGCCAUCAACAAGGAGACGCGGAUCCGUGCCACGGAGAAGGAUCCCAAGAGCAAAGCACAGAGCAUCUCCAUCAGCAACCAGUACGGCAGGGAGGAGGUGACCCACACGCUGCUGGCCGACAGCCGGGAGGAGACGCAGCGCUGGAUGGAGGCGUUCUGGCAGCAGUUCUACGACAUGAGUCAGUGGAAGCAGUGCUGCGAUGAGCUCAUGAAGAUCGAGGUUCCGUCUCCGCGGAAACCACCCAUCGUCAUGGCGAAACAGGGUUCGCUGUACCACGAGAUGGUUAUUGAUGCCUCUGAUGACAUCGGGACAGUGACCGACAUCCUGGCCCAGCGUGUGCAGGAGUUUGACUUGAGGGGACCCCUGGGGGCCUCCCCUCCCUGGAUGGCUCUCUUCGAGGGCUCCCCGGCGUCUCAGCAGGGGCAAACGCUGCCCAAAAGGGUGACCAUGAGUGUCGGGGGGUUGUUUAAAAAAAAGGGGUCUCCCUGCUUCACUUCUGCCAAGUUCACUAUUUAG